ACAUGGUGAAAAUUUGUCAAACAUCAAGGGUGAUUGAAAUUCAAACGUCAAUUUUAGGAACGAAUUGGAAAAUUGUAAAACAGACAAUAUUAUAAUAUUUUAUAUAAAAUACCAGACUCAUUUUGCUGAUCUAAUUGAAGUAUUUUAUAAGAGUACGUAAUCUUUUUGUAGAUAAAUAUGCCUAAAAAGUCUUUUGGUGAGAAUAGUAAAGCUGUGGCCGCUCGACAGCGCAAGGAAAAUGCGAAACUUGAAAAAGAUCAGAAAUUAAAGAAGCAAGUUGAAGACGCCGAAUGGGAGGACAAUGAUGAAAGACUUAAAAAGAAACAGCAGAAAAAGGAUGAGCAAGAAAAAAAGCGACUGGAGCAACUUCAGAAAAAAGCUGAGGCUAAAGCUUUGCUUGAGAAGGAAAUGGAGUCAAUAAAGAGCAAGGUGGCCGCUCCUCCGCCACAGAAGAUUACACGAGCACAGAUCUCUCAGAUGAAGGAGAGAGUCAUUAAGGCAGAACCUGAACGACCUGUUCCAUCUAAAGUUGUGGUUGAAGAUCCUCCGUUAGAAGAAAAUCUAAACAGACUGCAAAUAGAAGGAGAAGUAGCUCAGUCUGUUGAUGAAGCAUUAGCUAUACUCAGUGAUAAGUCUGAUGUGGAUAAACAUCCUGAAAAAAGACUGAAGGCUGCCUAUACAGCCUUUGAAGAAAUCAAUUUACCAAGGCUCAAGGCUGAGAAUCCAUCGCUAAGGUUAUCACAACUCAAACAGAUGCUCAGGAAAGAAUGGCUCAAAUCACCUCAGAAUCCUCUUAACCAGAAGGUCUAGGUAUAUUCUGAUUGUGGACUUAAAUUACUCAGUGAUAACACAUGGAAGAAAGAUUGAAAAAAUGUUUUGAAAAUAACAUAUUUAUUAAACAGUUGUAAGAAACAAAGAUAAAUGUAAAUAUGUCAAAUAAAUGUUCUUAAACUA